AUGAAGUUCCUCGCCUUGACUACUCUGGCCUCUGGUGCCUAUGCCGGCGUGCUGGUCCAGCGCAUCAAGGGCUUCUCCGGCGACCCGGCCCCCGUGCUGGCCGCUUCAAACUCUCUUAUCCAGGCCUUGAAGGACGGCAAGGCCAAGGUCGACCCCUCGGGCGACCUGACGCUGUCCGAUGCGCUUGGCCUUCAAGCCCCGGCCGGCGAUCUCCAGAAGAAGGGCGACGCCCUCCUGGCAGAUCUCAAGGCUGCCGUGCCUUCCAUUGAGAAGGCCGGCAUGUGCGACGUCACAUUCACCCAGACCAGUGACAUCAACACUGCCUCCAAGGCCCUGAUCGACAGCGUUGUGUCCAAGGUCCCUCCCGCCGCCCAAGGCAUUGCCCAGGGCAUCGUCGCCGGUCUUCUCAAGGACCUCCAGGAUGCUCAGGAUGCCGUCAGCCCGGCCAACUGCAAGAAUUCCGGCGCGCCUCCCGCGACUUCUUCUGCUGCUCCCCCUGCUACCUCGGCCGCUCCUCCAUCUUCCUCUGCUGCUCCUCCCGAGACCAGCGCUGCUCCCCCUGCAACAUCGUCUCAAGCUCCUCCGGCGACGUCUGCUGUUCCUCCUACAACGUCUGCUGCUCCCCCGGCCAGUGACACAUGCCCGGCUGCUUCAACCGUCACCGUCACCGCCAUUGACAGCAAGCACUGCACGCCUACUCCUACCUGCACCAAGAAGCCUCCUGUGACCGUCACCACCACCAAGAAGGCUUGCCCGACCAAGACCAAGUUGCCAUGGUAG